AAAAGUGAUGACAAACAAUGAAUGACUCAAUUAAUUGUGUUAUGUAUUGAGAAAUAGUAACCGAAAAGUAGUGAUAGUAUCGCGAGUUUGGUCUCAAAAAUGGGUCACAUUUUCGGUAAACCAAAGCCCAAGAAGACAGUGAUUGUUGUGACCGAAGCGGACAAAGCAAUCCUCCAACUGAAACAACAAAGAGAUACUGUGAAGAAGUACCAGAAGAGGAUCGUCCAAGAGUUGGACAAAGAGAGACAAAUCGCCCGACAGUUACUCAAAGACAACAAAAAAGAGAAAGCACUUCUGCUGCUGAAGAAGAAGAAACUGAUGGAAAGUAUUUUAGAGAAAACUGAUAACCAGUUAAUGAAUUUAGAGAAACUGGUCAUUGAUAUCGAGUUCAGCCGAAUAGAGGCCACAGUAUUAGAAGGCCUUCAGACUGGAAACGAUGCGCUCAAACAAUUGCAUCAAAUCUUAUCCAUCGAUAAAAUUGAAGAGAUUUUAGAGGACACGAGAGAAGGCAUCGAAAAACAAAAGGAAAUCGAUGAUCUCCUCCUCGGUAUGAAUAUCAAUGCAGACGAAGAGGAUUUGAUGCGAGAAUUAGACCAAAUGUUGGGUCAGAAAGAAGACCAACAGAAAGAAGUUAUACCAGAUUUGCCUGAAGUGCCACAAAAUGAACCGGUAAUUAUUGAAGAAAUGGAGGAAAAGAUACCGAAAGUAAAGGAACGGAAGGCCGAAGCGCUACUCGAGUCAUAG